UUGUCAUGGCAGGCAGAGGCGGGGCUUGUGUAUUCCAGGCAUGGAGCGGCAGGCAGGGUCGGCUGUUCGGAGGUCCCGGCAAAAUGUGGUGGGCUCGGGUCACGGGAACCGGCGGGAAGAGAACAGCGGCAAUGAGCGGAAGACACGGAGCCGGGGCUUGGUGUUCGGAGCGGGGGUGCCUGUCCUUCUCUUCCUCUAUGUACUCGGGAUAAGAGGACUGGUACACCUAUCACUGCGACAACUAGUCACACCGGGAGCCCGCAACAGUCACUUCAACGGCAGCACCGCCAGGACGUAUCUGGAGCAGAUCACAGCUAUUGAUUCCAGGACAGUGGGGAGCCCUGCAAAUGAAAUCCUUGCAGUCAACUACAUAUUGGACAGUAUCAGAGACAUUCAGAAGCAGAAAAACAAAGUCCACAAGAUAACCGUAGAUGUACAAAGACCUACUGGGUCAUUCAGCAUCGACUUUCUUGGAGGUUUCACCAGUUACUAUGAUAACAUAACUAACAUAGCUGUGAAGUUGGAACCAGCACGGGGGGCACAGCAUGCUGUACUUGCUAACUGCCACUUUGAUUCAAUAGCCAACACCCCAGGUGCCAGUGAUGAUGCCGUAAGCUGUGCUGUACUACUUGAAAUCCUAGGAUCUCUCUCAAGUACUCCAGUCUCUUUGAAACAUGCAAUUAUAUUCCUGUUCAAUGGUGCGGAAGAAAAUAUCCUGCAGGGCAGCCAUGGUUUUAUUACUCAACACCCAUGGGCCAAGCUUGUUCGUGCUUUCAUCAAUUUGGAGGCUGCUGGUGUUGGUGGAAAGGAGCUGGUAUUUCAGACAGGCCCUGAAAACCCAUGGCUGAUACAAGCAUAUGCAGAGGCUGCCGUCCACCCCUUUGCAUCAGUGGUGGCUCAAGAGAUAUUCCAGAGUGGUAUUAUCCCUGCAGAUACAGAUUUCCGCAUUUACAGAGAUUUUGGCAAUAUUCCAGGUAUUGACUUGGCAUUCAUUGAGAAUGGCUUCAUAUACCAUACAAAAUAUGACACGGCAGAUAGAAUUCAUACAGACUCCAUCCAAAGAGCAGGUGACAAUAUAAUGGGGGUAUUAAAAUACUUGGCAUCGUCACACCUUCUUGCUGACUCGUCAGAAUAUCGUCAUGGGAACUUGGUUUUCUUUGAUAUGAGCGGCUUCUUUGUGCUGUCCUAUCCAGCUCGCAUUGCUACCAUUGUAAAUUACAUCAUUGGCACAGUUGCUUUGUUUUAUCUAAGCAAAAACACCAUUAAAUACAAGCGAGCAGGUAUGAACUAUGCUCGUGACCUCAUGGUUGGACUAUUCAUCACAGUGACAAGCUGGGUCUCGGCUCUAGUAACUGUUCUCAUCAUGGCGGUGCUGGUCACGUUAAGUGGCUGUGCUCUCUCAUGGUAUACACAUUUCUAUGUGUCUGUGGCUCUGUAUGGUGUUGCUGGUCUAGCUAAGAUCCUAUUAAUGCACUCGCUGGCUAAAAAAUUCUAUUUUGCAAACACAAACCAGCAGUACCUUGGAGAUCUCUUCUUUGAUGUGUCCUUGCUUUCAUGGGGCAUACCAAUGGUGCUUCUUACUAAUAAAGGCCUAUGCUCUGCUUAUUUCUUCGCCAUGUGGUUGAUUUUUCCUUUGAUCACAAAGAUGUUACUUCGGCAAGAAUGGAUUCAUCAAGGUUCAUCCUAUAAAUACAUUUCAAUAUACCUGUUGGGAUUAUUUUUUCCUUACCUGCACACCAUGUAUCAUGUGUGGGCAGCGUUUGAGAUGUUCACACCUAUCCUUGGACGGAGUGGAACAGAAAUCCCACCUGAUGUGGUGAUGGCCGCUUUAAUGGUUGUUUGUACAAUUAUGCUUGUAUCUUACUUUAUCAAGUUUAUUUAUCUAGUCAAGAGCAUCAAAAAGUUAAUGAUGUGUUUGGCAUUUGUGUCUGGUGUGACGUUCGUCCUUGUCUGUAGUGGCCUGUUCUUUCCAUAUAGUGGCAGUAUGGAUAGUCCCAAGCCAAAGAGGGUCUUCCUACAGCAUACAGCACGGACCUUUCACAAUUUGAAUGGGGAGGUGGUAAAGACAGAUUCUGGUAUAUGGAUAAAUGCCUUUGAUUACAGUGGCUUAUAUCAUGUCACUCCUCAUAUACCUGAAUUAAAUGAGACAGUCAGAGCCCCAUGCGACGAUGCUCCAUUCUGUGGUUACCCCUGGUUUUUUCCUGUUCAUUUUCUGCUCAGGAAAAACUGGUAUCUCCCAACACCCCCUCCUCCUGUGUCUGAAAACGUGGUGUUUAAACUUGCGUCCAGGGAAGAGAUGCCAUGGGGUGCUACUCGAAUGAACUUUGAUGUUAAAGGACCAAGUCACAUGACUGUAUAUGUGCGCCCACAUGACCCUUUUGUGCUAUCUAGCUGGUCUCUGGGUGAUGGGAUACCAGUGGCAAGCAAUGGUGGGGACUACUUUGUAUAUUACUCUCAUGGCCUGCAGGCUCCAGUAUGGAAGUUUUGGAUUGAAUUGAAGGGUUCAGAUGAUUAUUCUGAUGGGAUGGUCACUGUUGCUGUAGCAUCUCACUAUUUCUUUGGAUCUAAUCAGCAUUCUCCUCAGCUGGAUGCACUUCUUCUUAAAUUCCCGGAUUGGAGCUUCCCAUCUAGCUGGGUCAGCACAUACGACCUGUUUGUCUAUUGAUGUCUUUCACCAUUGGUGUGGUAUGUGCAUGUACAGUGACCACUGUGACCAGAGGAAGGAAUUGUGGAAAAAGAAUAAUGAAAAGUGGUCCAUGACAGUCAAUUGAUUUGCUGCUUGGUCCAUGGUGAUGGUCUAGGUGAUUGGAUUAUAAAGACAAUUUUUUUUGGAGUGGGACAAAAUUAUGCAAAAAAAGUAAAUUGGAACGAAUCCUGUGUAUAGCAAAGUGUUCAGACAUCGGGCGCAGAGACUAGUAGUGAUCCAUGGAGUCUUAAUAGUUUUCACACUGGACGUCCCUGUUUACAAAUUAUUAUUAUGAAUUAUUGUUAUCCUUCUUGCCUCUAAUAUAAUGUUAAUUAUAUUUAUUGGAUAUUGGUCAAAGCAGUGUAAAACUGAUUUUUGACAUUGGGUAUAUAAGUAGGCGCUGACUGCCUACAGAUCUUUUCAUAGAUUUGUACACAUUAUAUUCUGAGUGGGCAUGUAUUAUGGCUAUGGAGUUUGGAGAGCACAUAUGAAAAAUGCAGCCCCAGCUUCACCUUUUAUAGAAAAGAAAAUCAUACCAAUCUACCAAAAUGAUCUGUCUAGUUGGAGGCCUGCUUGUCCGUAUUUACCUGAGUAUAUGGCCCAAAUCUCAUGUUUGUGUAUUUAAGGUACGCACUGAUGCCUAAAGUAAGGUCAGUGAAAGAGGUUGUGUCUGUCAAACAAUAUUCCAUCUUUUCACAAUAGUAGGUCUGAAGAAGUGACCCCAAGCACAGCACUAUUGCUUUGAAGACAUACAGAUCUCUAAGGAAGACCAUACAUGGCACGGAGUGAGGGUUGCAGGAAAGAGGGAUCCCUGCCACCAAACCAUUGUGUUUUUUCAGAUUGAUCAACUUGGGUACAUUCAGCCUGUCCAUACAUGGUUCUAAUCUUGGUAGGUUCCUGCUGAACCGGCUGAGGUUUCAAACCAUCUAUAGCCGACAUUCGUGUUCUGUGUGAUCUGUUCACCUAUUGCAGCCCUGAAUACAAUAUAUUUCAGGAGCACUUUGCACCCCUUACCAAAUCAAAAUCGGAGCGCCACAUGUAGAUGUUUGAAACCCUCUCCUCAGCCAAGUUUUGUUAAUACAAAAACUUAAGGGCUUCAUAAAACUGCAGACCGCUAUUAAAAUCUAAGCCCCACCAGCUUGUAUAUACAACCCAAUGACUAUAGGGUACCGCAGUGUACAUCUUGGAAAUCAUGCAGUUUAGUGUAUGGUAUGGUAAUUCAACCCAAAAAGCCUGAAAUGUGUGUUGAAUGCAGGAAAACACUGCUUGUACUAUUUCUUUAUUUUAUUUUUUGUGCCCCCUCCUUAAAUGAUCAUAGCUGCCCGUAUAGCAGCAAGCUGAUUUUCUACUUGAAUUUUUUUUUUCCCCUUAAUAAUAGGCGAGAAGUAUAAAUGGCUCUAGCCACCAAACUACCUGUGGUGAUUCUGUAUGACCAGUCCUUAAAACGGCCCCAAUAUGAAAAUGCAAUCUUUUUUUUUAUUUUAUGAGAAGCUCAUACUAUGAAACCUCAAUAAAGCUGCAGUAUAUUCCAACGGUUCCCUAUUAAUCCUUCUGUGCUUAAAGGUGGAAUGAAACGCAAACUGCUGUCACCAAAAUACAUUUUGUUGUUAUUGGAACCGAGACGUCAAAUCUUGGGGGUUACCAGAAGAGACUUGCAGUUGUGUAACUGGAAUGCUAUCUGAUUGGCUGCUGGCUAGAAUCAUUUUAAAGUUUGUGACCCAGAUCAAGAAUGAUGAUUGGUAAGACAAAUGUCAGCAUUCUUUAUCUGAAUACUUAUCGAUUGUUGUGCCAAAAAUAUUGGAGUAAAAAGGUCAGGAGUGGGCGCCUCAAUGUGUUUGACAAGUGGCAUGAGGAUUUGAAAAGUGAUCACCUCUGCUAUGUCUUGUUAAAUAAUUUGCCAAUUAGUGCUUCAUGAAAGACGAUUCCACAAAGCUGCCUAUUCCUGUAUAACAUUCAUGAAUCUGCAUUGCACACACCAAAACAAAGUGCAGCAGUCACAUGAACUUGUUUAGAGAGCUCCCAUCAUGUAGCCAGGUAUUCACUAAAGCGUAUAUUAGAAUGUGUUUGACACAACCCAACAUUAUGCCAAUGAUAUGGAGUGUGAGCAGAAAUUCUCCAGAUAAAAAAAAUCACUCAUUUCAGUGCCUGAUUUAGUGUACACCUUUUAUGUAUAAUACAUGAUUUCUUUUUCUAUACCUUUCUCAAUUAUUUUUUCUCUAAAAAUCCUGAUAUUUUUACUUGAAUCCAAACUUUAUAUUUUUUUACAAUGUUUUUUUGUUGACCUUCCCUGAAUAAAUCCUCAGUGUGCACUGAUCUGGUAAGCUUUGGUCUAAGACAAGCUUUGUCUACAUGCAGGCUCAUUCAGCAAGACAGGAGAAAAAAAAUAUAGUGUGGUGACCCCUAGCAACCAAUCAGCGUUCAUCUUUCAAUCACUGGAUUUCUGCACAGUGAAACCUGAAUUGUUGGUUACUUAGGCAUCCACACCGCACUUAAGCUUUGCUGUUUGUAUUGCCUACAUAAGCCCAAUAUUGAUUUCUCUUCAUACUGUGAGCCAGUACUACUAUAGCAUUUAUCGGUUUCUUUAUUUAGUACAACUAUCUGUCUUCUGGGAAAUUCUUUAUCGCCUCUAUUGGGUGCAUGCUGGGCAAGUUUCCCAUUACUGGAUAAGAGGUAGUACUUUUUUAGAGGUGCCACGUGAAGCUGGCUGACCUGAGCUUAGUGUUCAGUAAAUCUAAGGCCUUCUUCACACAGGCUGUGAACUGUAGAAGGGCGAUGUACAGCAAGCUUUUACAAAACCAUUAUUGACACCUUUAAAUUCGGCUCCAUUGAGAUCAUGCAUACCAAGUGAUGUGUCAGUAUUACACUUUCAGCUAAUUAUUUCUUAUCACAGACACCAUAGUACUCAGACAAUGCCUUCAUCCGUUUUUUUUUUUUCCCCUUGAAGACCAUGCCAUUUUUGUUCCGGCAUCCAGGGUCACCAUCUACCUCCUGGACUGAUAUACUGGCUCAGAGCACAUUCAUGUAAAUCCUGGUGCCUGUGUGACUUUUGGCUCUGUUUUAAAAUCAAAGUUAACCUUUGUAGCAUGUUACAUGUUCCACCCUAAAAAUGGGAACAUGUAACGCGUUUCAGCUUCUCCCCCUCUAAUCUUCCCUCCUUGUGACAGUGGGUGGGGGAUCUUCUCGCUGUAUCCUCUGUCAGAAUUUGAGCACAGCCGUGCAGGGCUUUACCCACACAACCAUGUCAUUCAUUCAGUUUCCUGUGCAUGAGUGCCUACAAGCACUGGCAGCGGGAUGGCUUGUAGUUCUUGAUGAGCUGAGAGGGCACUGGUGAGCAUCCUCAUUGUCCUUUGAUGUAACUGCUUGCCCAUCCCUGGUACAGGCAGACCUCUAUCCUGAGGUUCUGCAGGAGCCUCCAACCUGCAGACUAAGAAAAAUAAAUGCACAAAAUAAAAAAUGUGCAUUCAUUUAUUUAAAAAAAAAUUCAAAAGGUGAACUUGGCCUUCAACAAAUGUUUGACACAGAUCAGCACUUGCUUGCUUAUCAUAAUUGGAGUUCUGACUGUCACUUUAAACAAACUACCAGCUGGCUUUAGCACGAUGUGAAGUUUAUUAAAAGCCUGCUAGCAGCUUAUUUAAAGUGACAGUCAGCACUCCUAUUAAGAUCUGUACUUGACAUUCCCAGACUUGAACUGGAGGUGAACCAACUUAAAAAAAAAAAACGUAUGCAUUUGCAACAUCCUAUGCUUUUCAGAUAUUAAAACCAUGGCUCUCUGGAAACUUCACAAUAACCGAAGCCUGGCAG